CGUCAGAGCUAUGUGCUGUCCUUCCACUCAGUCCUCUUCAGCCUCACUUUGUUGAAACACUGUCGUCGGUUUUCACAGGUGAGUUACAUUUUAACAGUUUUAUUUCUGGUCUUAAUUUAAAAAGCAUAUACAAAUACUGAUAUUAAACCUUUUUUUCUGAUUAGGAUUGAAGGACGACAGCAGCCAUGCAGUUGGCAGCAGCUGGAUGUGUGUUAAUGGGUUUCAUCCUGCUCAUCUCAGGGGUUCAGGAACGAGCAAACAUCAUCUGUGCUUUAAAAGGUUCAUCGGUGGAUCUGCCCUGCUCAGCUCAACGUCCCACUUCAACCAGGAAAUGGUACACUGUACUGUGCAAUGAAUCUAAACCUGUUCUGAACGAGAUCUCUGCAGAUGGAAAUCGUUUAACGUACAACAUGUCUGCAGAGAGUAACUUCAUUCUGACAAUCAAAGAUCUGACAGAAAGCGAUGAAAAUAAUUACUGCUGCGGAAGUAUAACUGAAAACCCGGGAAGCUGCUGUGACAACAGAACUGAGCUCCAUGUUGCAGACCUGCAGGUGAAGGUGAUUCCCAACACAGAGGGACAGACAGCAACACUGAUAUGUAGCACCAGCUGUCCUCUGACUGAAAACCCUGCAGUCUACAUCUGGUACAAGAACAGAGAGUUCCUCUAUCAGGACUGGUCUCCCUGGUACCAACAGCUGGUCAGCAGUGAGGAAGCAGUCACAUACUCCUGUGCUAUCAAAGGCUACGAGGACCUCAGAGCCCCUCAAGUCUCAGUGGAUUCUGUCUCACCGACCUUCUUUAAUGUGACCUAUGCUAAAGGGAGAAUGUGUUCUUCUCAGCACACAUCAGAGCCCUGCUCCAUCACAUAUCCAACAGAAGUACAUGUUCAAUUGACUCCUGAGAACAACGCUGUCACACUGACCUGUAACACCAGCUACCCGAUGGCUGACCCUCACACUGCCUACAGGUGGUACUGGAACAGAGAGUUAUACAGUGACUGUGAGAGUCAACACAUGACAGUCCUCAAUCCGUGUUCUACAACCCUCUCCUGUGCUGUAAAAGGCCAUGAAGAUCUACGCUCUGAUGAAGUCUGUCUUGAUAAAAGCACCUGCUGGAGAGUGAAUUAUGUCAGCAGGAGAAUCUGUGCUCUGGAAGGUUCUUCAGUGAACAUUUCUAGUGAAUACUCUCACCCCCACGAUCACAAGCCAAAAUUAUGGUAUAAAAUAAAGAGAAGUGGUGAGGAGGAGGCAGCUGAAGCGCUGAUCAAGAAUGCAAGUCGUCGUGUGGAGUAUGAUGACAACAUGACGGAUUGCCACAUCCUGAGAAUCCAUAACCUGACAAAGAAUGACUCAGCAGAAUACACAUUCACACUCCAGGAACGAGAUGAUGAAGGAUGGAAACAGUCUGAUAUACCUGGAGUCACUUUAGCUGUCACAGGUGUGAAAGUUCAGUUUAGUCCUUCUGCAGUGGUGAAAGAGUACCAGAGAGUCACACUGACCUGCAGUACCAGCUGUCCUCUGACUGACAACACAACCUUCAUCUGGUUCUUCAACAGUCGACCUCUGACCCUGAAGGAGAACCAAAACAAACACCUGGUUCUAGACCCAGUCAGCAGUCAGAAUGCAGGAAACUACUCCUGUGCUGUCAAAUCCCACAACAACAGCAGCUCUGAUGAAGAGACUCUCACUGUUCAAGGUCUGACAUCAAUAGCAAUACUGAACGCAAUGAAACUGACUCUUUUAUUCCUGAUCCUGUUGGCUCUACUCCUCCUCUACCUGAAGAAGAGGAAGAAGAGACCUCUGACCUCCGCUGCUGAGCUCAGUGACAAAGUACAAACUGGACAGAUGGACCAGCUUUAUGAGAGCUUCCCACUCACGACCACGAAUCCUGCAGCAAAGAGAGAAGCAGCAGAGCAGCAGGAAGACAUCAUGUAAUAUACUGUA